AUGUCAAGCAGCCGCAGUUUCUUCCAGAGAAUGAUGCAUUCACCAAAAACAAAACCGUAUCCAAUUGGGAGGGAUCAUUCCCGGAAGCAACUGCCAGACUGCACCAAAAUUCGUUGUCCAUCAUCGAUGCUUGACCAUCGAGUCCACUUCCUGAUCAACGAAGUUUCUGACCUCGACAGUGCAGCCAACCACGCUCGCUUAGCUGUGAGGAAGAGGAUGAACCCCGAAAAGGCCCUCUUUACCUGCAAUGCAAUUAUAAGCGCCAUGUUCGCUGCUGGCCGGUCCGGUGACGCCUUUGAUCUGUUCGAUUUCUUUUUCAACGAGUCCAAGAUGAAGCCUGACAUCGCUGCCUGCAAUCUCAUCAUCAAAUCACACUGCGAGGAAGGCCGCCUUGACAACGCUCUUGGACUCUACAACCACCUCUUGCGCCACCCUCCUUCCCCCAACCACAAGACAUACGACCUCUUGACCGAAGCCCUGGUCGACGCCGGAAUGAUGGACCAGGCUCUGGAACUUUUGCUGAGAGGAAGGGCUGAGUUAUUCAAUUUCCAACAGCCAAGCAUGUACAUGAAUCUCAUUCGUGGCUUCCUGCAGCAAGGGAAUCUUGACAUGGCGUAUCAGCUCCGGGACGACUUUAAGACGUGUUCCAUACGCAACAGAAUCACAAUACUGAACUCAGUAUUCGUAGAGUAUUUGUUCAAACAAGGCAAUGAUGAGAAAGCUAUGGAGCUGUACAGAACCUCUUUAAACAACAACGGCUUCACAGCAAACGGACAUGUGGGCCAUCCUUAUUUGAAAGUGUUGCUCAAGUACGGCAAAAAAACCCAAGCCUGGGCAUUAUUCGAUUAUAUGCUUGACAAUUUCGACGAAUGCAUUGGGUUAGGCAACGAGACUCUUAAUAUGAUGAUGGACGAGUGUAUCAAGGAGGGGCGGUUUAGCGAUGCACUCAACAUCUUGGCCAAGUCCAAGGCAAAGUCAAAAUACUUGCAUGUGGGAGCUUACAGGAACCUUAUUACAAACUUCUGCCUGAAUGGGAGGUUGUCUGAGGCUGAAAGUGUGUUUGAUGAAUGGCUGAAACAAGAAGGUACGAAACCAGAUGAUGCAACUUACACAUCAUUGAUUCAUGCAUAUAUUAAGGCUGAGAGAGUUGAGGAUGCCAUCGAAACGGUAAACAAGUUGAUGGCUGCUAAACUCCACAAGGUUACUAACAUGUUUCUCUAA